AUGUGCGUGCUUGUGGGUGCCGAGGAUUCCUCCGUUAUUGCAAGUAUCUCAUACUUCCAGUCCAACGUUCGGUAUGAUGUCGGUGGUCGCAGAUUGGAUUUCCUGACUGAAGUCGAGAAGUGCAGAGGACCUGGAUGCGUCUAUGGCUCGUCGUUCUUCCACAAACAAAGUAAGAUGCAAUACCAGUUUGGUGAAGUCAGACGAGAGCUGGAAAGCAUUAUUUGA